ACAUGUACAUGAUGCCACAUUAUAAUGUUCCGUUAGUUAGAUUAAACUCGGAUUAUCUGCUAGGGGGUGUGUGUGCUGAUCAUUAAAAUAAUGGCUGCUGGAGAGAUCUCGAUACGCACGGACAAGGGGACGUACAUAGGAGGGGACACUAUCUACGGAUCAGUGUAUGUGUGUCUUCCUGAGCCUACCCCUUGUCGAUGUCUGAGGCUGCAGAUAAGAGGAUAUGAAAUCAGUGAAUAUGACUACCAAUAUGUUGAGGUGUCAGGAGAGGACACAUUCACACCACGUGUGGGACAACGUAAGGCAAAGAAAGAUCUAGUGAGAGCAGACGUCAAGUUAGCUGAGAAUCAAGGAGGUCUGUCUGCUGGCUGUUACGCUUAUCCAUUCCAGUAUCAACUGCCUCACAACCUACCAGGUGUGUUCCACUGCCGUCAUGAAGACCAAGACUCUGGGCGUGUGUGGGAGGCUGUCAUCAAAUAUUCCAUUGGAGCUUUCAUUGACAACUCUGGCUUCCCUCUAGAGCCUCGACUAGCAGGGGAGACUCCGCUGGUUGUGUUGGAGGGCCCAGAAUGUCAGAGUAGUACUACUAGUCAACCUGACACACAAACUGCCUCUGGUUCAGUUAGAACCUUCUUCUGUAUUCAUCGAGGGGACAUUCUCCUCAGCUCAACGAUUGAUAAAACUGUGUAUCAACCACACCAGUCAAUAGCUAUAUCUGUGAAUAUCAAUAAUCAAGCUGCAGUAGAUGUACUGGGUGCUACAGUCAAGUUGAUUCGAGUGAUUAAGUUGCUUGGAGUGGACAAGAGUAGAGGAGAGGAAGAGUUGGAUGCUCACACUGUAUUGGACACUAUAGUGGAAACAUGUCCAGAGACUUGUUCUAAGAACAAUACUAGAGUAUGUAAGGUAACGCUGCACUUGGACCAGCUGAACAGUGAGAGAUGUGCAAUCACAGCUCCUUCAACAUCAGGUUCCCUAGUCAAGUGUACCUAUGUGGUUGAUGUGGAUGUCCAUGUACCCUGGGCCCCAGAUAUUGAAGUGAGGCAGCCCCUACUCAUUACCCCAGCUCCCAACCAUGUGUGGGAGAGGUGGUCUCCUCCUGACUGGGUGCAAGACUGUCAGACUGUUGAUGUUACAGGAAUGCUCUCUGUCCCACCGGAUAUACUCACCUCGCAGUCCUUCUCAGGGAUACCAGGAUUCCAACCACUCAUUUAAAGACCCCCCACUUGACCCUUUACCCCCCCACCCCCACCCAGUAUUUGGACUGUAACUUAUUUUUUAUUUUUUAUGACAUUUUUUAUUCGUACAUGUAGAUCUAUAUAGUAAUUUGUUUGAACUUAUGGAUUGCAGUGCACUUGCAACUGAAAGCAACUACAAUGG